CAACUGCUGAGCGCCGCCAACUAUGAACUAGGAUUAAUAAUCUAUCAUCGAUACAUUUAUUCAUCAUCGCAAGGAUGUCAGACGCCAGGCAAAUCACGGCACAGAAAAGUGCUAAAAUUGCAGCUGGAGCUGUUGUGUGUGUGGAGAGUGAAAUAAGAGGAGAUGUGACCAUUGGUGCUAGAACAGUUGUCCACCCUAAAGCCCGGAUCAUAGCAGAAGCAGGGCCGAUUAUCAUUGGAGAGGGGAACCUGAUAGAGGAGCAGGCACUUAUUAUUAACAGUUAUCCAGAGAAUAUCAUGCCAGACACAGAGGGAGUUGAGCCAAAAACCAUGACAAUUGGGGCCAAUAAUGUGUUCGAAGUUGGAUGUGUCUCUCAAGCUUUGAAAAUUGGAGACAACAAUGUGAUUGAGUCUAAAGCUGAUCUUGGGAGAAAUGUGAUCCUGACCGGUGGAUGCAUCAUUGGCGCGUGCUGCCAGGUCAACACGUGUGAGGUCGUGCUGGAGAACACUGUCGUGUACGGCUCAAACUGCAUCAGGCGCGUGCAGAGCGAAAAGCCCCAGCCUCAGACUCUGCAGCUCGACUUCCUCAUGAAGAUUCUGCCCAACUAUCACCACCUGAAGAAGACGGUCAAAGGAAACAGCACACCUGUGAGAAACUGAAGAUGGAGCUUGAUCCAGAAGAGGUUUUACGUCCUGCAACCCAAAGCCUCUGCACACAUGGACACCAGACACUGACGCAUUUCCCUCCACUUGCACUUGUCUUACACUUCAGUGUUGUUCCCUAAUAUCUAGUAGAAUACCUCUGACACUGUUACCAUCACACACUCUACAUUUCAUUUCUUCCUGCAUAUGAAGAAUGCCUUCAUUCUUCAACAUGAAACCAUUUAUGGUUUUGCACUUUUACUUUCAGAUCACUAUUUAUGAUAUACUUUGGAAUUUCUUGUGCCAUCUGUUUGUUAAUCAGUUAUACUCCUAUAUUUAUAAUUGUUCCAAUGAAGAUAUGUAAACAUUUCAAUAAAUAGUCUCUAAUAAUUAA